AUGAGCAAGGCCCUUUCCCAGAUAUCUAAGUCACCCUUCACGAGGCAAAUAGAGAGGGCCGAGUUGCCCAAACGCUUCGUGCAACCCUCCUUCACCAUUUACAACGGGAGGACCAAUCCCAAAGAGCACGUUAGCCACUUCAAUCAAAAGAUGACCAUAUACACCAAAAACGAGGCUUUGAUGUGCAAGGUGUUUUCCUUCAGCCUCGGCCCAGUGGCAAUGAGAUGGUUCGAUGGACUACAUGAAAGGUCUAUUGAUUCCUAUAAGGAGCUCACCAGAGCUUUUAAUGCAAGGUUCGUUACAUGUAAUAAGGUGCCAAGGACAUUGGACUCCCUGCUAACACUGUCAAUGAGAGAGGGAGAAACCUUGAAGACCUACUCGGAUAGGUAUUGGAAACUGUACAACGAAUUGGAUGGGGACUUUGAGGACGUUGCGGUACGCACUUUCAAGAGCAGGAUACCCAUCGAGUUCAACCUAUGGGAGUCCCUCACUAGAAGACCGGCUCGGACCAUGAAACAGUUGAUGGACUGA